AUGGAUAGCCUCGCCGGCCACCUCCAGGUUCCUCCGGACCGGAGUCAGAUCUUGGGCAGGCAAUCAUGGAAGACAAGAUAUAUUGCCGUUGGGUCUCGCCAAUCCACCACCAGAGAUCGGCAAGGCAGCUACGGCUUCACGCAGAAUGGCAGCAUAGGCCGUGUCAACACCGUCAUUUCAAAAUCCGUGCAAAAGAAUGCCAUUGACGAACAAUGUCUUUUCAUUUACAAGACCAAGGAAGACUGGGAGCCGAUCCAGCAAUGGCCGCUUAGCUGUGUUUCCGAUUGCCAAGUCCAGCUUGUCUCCCAUCGCAAGCAGGGGCCUGUGUUACCAACUCUUGUGGUCACAGUUUCCGACAAUCAACGAAAGAGACGAUCAAGCCGAGCUGCAGGUUUUAUUUCUUCCAACAAAGACACAGGAGUGACGACGUUGUGGUUUCGCACGCCUCCCGAUAACCGCCAUCCCACUCUUCACGAAUGGUCUCGAUUCAUCAUGUCCAAGAAGAGCUCGCACGGCACGACAGAGAGCCCCGUGUCCCCGGUUUUCACGUCGCCGUUCCAAACACGAUCCAACGACAAUCCGGAUUACUCCCCUCGACCAGGAAGCGGCAGCCGCGGUCUUCAGCACAAAAGCUCCACGGCCACCCAUUCCACCGGGCCCCUGGAUCGCGCAACCACCUUCAGCUCGGGCUCCCCAAGCCUACGAUCGAAACGAAGCGAUAUUUCAUCCCCUUCUAGUAACAACCAUCCGUCUCAAAAGGUGCAGUAUGCAAUUCCUGAACAGCAUUAUACAACCAUUAGGCCCGGCGAUAUUGUAUCGUCGGGUCCAAAUGGAGAGUACCAGGGUCAGUUCAUCGAAGGAUGGACCUCGGCCCAGGGAAGGUCAUCCAUGAUGAGCUCACCCUCCCGAGGCAGGGAUAGCAUAAGCUCACACAGCCGGCAGCUUUCUAUCCUCGAUGAAGCGUCUCCUCCUUGCCCUGGAGAGACCAUUUUGGACAGAGCCUUUCAGCUGGGACACAUCCCUGGCGCCGGUUCGUAUGUUCCCGGACAGGAAAAGCUCAGCUCCAUUGCGAGGUUUGAUGCCCUAAUGCGCGAUGCCGAGGAGAAGCGGCGAAAGCGGGACACGAUCCAACAGGCCCAACAAACAACCAUGACAAGUGCGUUUGAUCAUGACGAUUCCUCAGAUGACAAUGGGGCAGACCCUGCCUCGGACGAUUCCGACUCUGAAAGCGAUGGCUACUCCCAGAGACGGAACCAGAACGAGCAACAUGGCGCACCACUCAUGUCGCCAUCUGCUCAGCGGGCCUUGGCGUACAUUGCAGGCCGCCACGACGGCGGUACUCUGAAGAACCCAAAGUCUCAUCGCCCGGGUAUGUCGAGGAACAACCUUAGUUUUCAUGCAGAUUCCGCUCCCACAUCCACUAUAAUCGCGCCACCCUCGCGUCCACACACCGCCCACGCCAAGAGUAGGCCCAAAGCCUCCCGAGCACAAACCACGCCUCAUCUGAUACCCACAGCCACAGCAGCACCGGAUUUAUCCUCGAUGACGUCCGGCAAGGCCCAGGACAGCGGACGCCAUCGUUCCAGCACAACUGCGGAAAAGCGACACUCCAACUCGAGUGCCAAAAGGUUGAGUUUCACCGAGUUUGCCAAGAGGUUAUCUAGCACCAGCAGCUUACUGCUCGUCCAGACGAACGCAAGUGGAGGGAGCAGCCGUGCCAGCAGCGAGGUCGACGCCCAGCCGUGCCCGUCCGCGCCGCGCACCAACCUGACUCUCCGCGGGACAGGACCUCUGCCACCACGACCCCGGGACCGCGAGGACCAAGAUAGACGGUGCGCAUGGCGAAGCAGCGUUGGCAUGGUCGGCACCGAAGGAGGCUUUGUAUAG